AUGAAGGAGCGACAGAAAAAGAAGAAAGGAAGGACGUGGGCGGAAGCCGCGAAGACGGUCCUGGAAAAAUACCCCAACACCCCUAUGAGCCAUAAAGAAAUCUUGCAGGUUAUCCAAAGAGAAAGACUCAAAGAAAUAAGAAGCGGAACGUCACCGUUGGCAUGUCUGAAUGCAAUGUUGCACACAAACUCCCGCGGGGAGGAGGGCAUCUUUUACAAAGUUCCAGGCAGAAUGGGCGUCUACACAUUAAAGAAGGACGCCUCGGAGGUGGCCACUGAGUUGUCAGAGGAAGACUCCGAUGAGAGCAGCGACAACCUCUCCGACUCCCGAAGCUCGGAAAACAACAGCGGCCCUCGGGAAGGCAGGAGGAGACGCUGGAUACGACGACCAGUUCCCUCCAAGCUGCCCUCACAGCAGCAGCCGACAUCCCCUCAGCCUCGCUGCUCGUCUCCGUCCGUCGCUGCCAAGCUCAUCUCGCCCUCACAGAAGCACAGCAAGAAAGCGCUCAAACAGGCCUUGAAACAGCAGCAACAGCGGAACCAGCGCAGGCAGGCGGCGAUGCCGACCACGUCAAGUUCUAGGCUGCUGCUGAAGACCAUAAAAGACAUGGCUGACAACCUCACCACCAAGACCGAUCUUUGCCUCCCCAUUGUGUCAAGGAAGGUUUCUCAGCGCUCAGGUCGUCUCAGUGCAGGGCACUUGAAACGUAAUAGGUGCAAAAUCGAUGUGGAGACGCCGGACUCAAUUUUGGUCAACACUAACCUGCGGGCCCUCAUCAACAAGCACACCUUCUCCGUCCUACCGCAAGACUGCCAGCAGAGACUGCUGCGGCUUCUGCCAGAAGUUGACCAGCAGGCCUGCACGGAUGGCCUGCUCAAGGUGACAAGCUCAGCUUUGAACAACGAGUUCUUCACUUCGGCAGCACAGUUGUGGAAGGAACGUCUGGCUGAGGGUGAAUUCACUCCUGAGUUGCAACUGCGAAUGCGCCAGGAAAUUGAGAAGGAGAAGAAAGUCGAGCACUGGAAGGAAGCCUUUUUUGAGAGCUACUAUGGUAAAAAUUCUGGACUUAGUCUUGAGGAAUCCAACGAGAUGACCAAAGCUGAUUUAAAUAGGGAGCUAAAGCAUCGCCAGCCAAGAGUGACCUCAAGAGUAUCGGAGGAAGCGAAGGGCACCAGGGACCGCAGCAGGAGCGACAGUGGUGCCGCCAAGGACGCCAAGUCCAAACUGUCACAGGAGAAGAUGCUACCUCCUCUGAAAGAAUCUCUUACUGUCCCAGAGGUGAUGAAGACUAGGCGCUCUCAGCACGCCACGGAUCGUAAGCUGCCCGUGCCAACCUCCAAACCGGAACCUGAAGAGCACAAUGAGGGCAUCAUUCUAGAAGCACCGACGGAGCUAAGUGAGAAAGAAGAUAAAACGGAACUCCCCCAGUCAUCCGUAGAGACAAGUCUUCUAGCAGAAGCCGGGACAAAGGUCAAGGAGGAUCCACCAACGUCUGGGGUUAAGCCUACUGAAGUGACAAAGGCUGAGCCCGAAGGCCCCUCAAAAUCACAGAAAAGAAAUCCUCCCAGCGAGACAGAGGAUGAGGCAACACCUGAAAAAAUACAGCGGAUAUCCUCAGUUUCCUCUGUGUCCUCCGUCUCCUCUGUAUCUCCUCCAGUCUCAUCCGUACCCAGUCAGGCCAAGCCAGAUUCUGUUGACAACCAAAAAGUUCCGCCACUAAAGAUUCCAGUGUCAAGAAUUCUUUCCGUGCCCGUCUCGACCAGCCAAGUGUCGCUGAGGACGCCUCUCAGUGCCUCCCUUAGCAGCCCGGUUCGCACCGGUGCACGCACUUUGGCAGACAUCAAAGCCAAAGCUCAGCUUGCAAGAGCGCAACGAGCAGCGGCGGCUGCUGCCUCCAGGGGUGCUUUGCCCGCAGGUGACGCUGACCCAACGAAACCUUCCCCGAUUCUGACAUCUCCACAUGCCUCGGUCAGGUUACCCAUCAACACUACUGGGACGCCGCCUCCUUGCCCAUCAGACUCUGUUGGUCCGCUCAGUCCUAGUCACGUUAACACUCAAGAUGUUAGAACAGUCGAUGUGCCGUCUUACGGGACUAGUUCGGACUCAGUAUCCGAGUGUCAGGAAAGUCCUUCUGGACCAGCCCGGACCAGUUCCUAUAUUCCUGCAAACAAUCCGCUUGUCACCAGGCUUUUGCAGGGAAAGGAAGUUCCUUUGGAGCAGAUCCUUCCAAAACCUCUCGCCAAGGUGGAGGCCAAAGUGUCAAAUAUACAUUCCAGCAAGAGAACAGCACCACAUUCGGCCACUGGUGGAGGUCACGAGCACAAUCCGUGUGACACAGCUGGCUGGGCCUUCUCUGACUAUACCAGGCAUCACCAGGAACCUCUUGAUCAAGACACUAAGGAGCAGAUCUUACAGACUCAAAUGGAGAGGAAAGUCCAUAGACAACCACAAAAAGGAGAUCUUCUCCACCACGGACAUCAAGACGUGUGUGGCGAAGCGCAUCAAGAUCGACCGUGGAUAUCCGUUGGCUUCUUGGUGCGAAAGAGGACAGCAAGGCCUGCCAUGUCAGGGCACUACCUCCUCAACGUGUCCACGUACGGCCGAGGGUCUGAGAGCAAGUGGCCUCACCGGUCCACCAUCGUGAACACGGACAGUCUGAAACGAGAAACGACAGAGGCAGCAACAGAGGGGACAGUUGAAUUUAAAACAGAGCAGCAGGGGACGUCUGCAACCAAUUGUGAGCAAGCGGGGCACCUUUUGCCUUGUCCCGAAAUUAAAAUCGAACCAGGGUUUCAGGAUAGUGCCACUGAUGAGAGCCCAGGGCCUAAGCAAUUCUGCAAUCAAGGAAAACCCGAGCCAUAUCUUCCGCCGAAGGAUGCCAGUCACCAGCAGCCAUGUACCUUCCCAACCUCUAGGAUGUCCAUUCAUCAGGAAUCAGUUUCGCCCAGUUACGGCGGAACCAUUAGCGUUUCUGUACCGCAUACUUUGAACCACAAUCCCGUGAGUGGCGCCACGGCCGUACCAGAUUCUGGGAGUGUCAUGUCCUUCUCGGUGACUGUUACCACCAUUCCCGAUGACAGGAACGCACCACCACCAGAACAAUCCUUCAUUGAAGCCACUGGCAUGGAGGACAUGCAGUCCAAGUGCUACUGUCGGCUCAAAGCCAUGAUCAUGUGCAAAGGGUGCGGGGCCUUCUGCCACGAUGAUUGCAUUGGACCCUCAGAGCUGUGCGUCUCGUGUUUGGUGGUGCGGUGA